CUUAACCAUUUCUCUGCUUCAUUUCUCCCCUUACACUUCCGGAUAACGCCCCCAAAUGGCCGGCUCCUCCACUUCCAUCUUCUCACCCACCGCCGCCACCGCCGCCACAGCCACCUCCUCCUCCUCCUCAAACCACCGACCACUCUUAUACAAUUUCCCCUCAAAAAUCACUCCACAAUUCCACAGACCCACCACCCGCAUCCUCGUCUCCUCCUCCACCAACACUUCUCGCGCUGCCGCCAAUUCCAAAAACGCCGCCGAAGAAAUCGUUUUCUUCGACGGCGGCGCCCACUACGGCGACCUGGUAGCAAAUCUUCUUCUGGGUUUUACUCUGCUUUGGCUGCCCUUAACUCUGGCCGCGGUUUCUAGGGCUUUUUAUCUCAGAUACAGAUUCACCAACCUACGGGUAACGGUGAUUUCGGGACUGACGGGUGAGGAUAGGAGUGAUUUCUCGUAUGAAGUGAUAAAGGACGUUCAGGUGGUGCCACGUUUCAUCGGAGAAUGGGGUGAUGUUGUAAUUACUCUCCAAGAUGGUACUAAGGUUGAUCUUAGGAGCGUUCCCAAGUUUAGAGAGAUCGCUAAGUACUGUCUUUCUAUGGCGGAUAAACCUGCCGUUCCUAAAGAAACUGGCCCUAAAGGAUUUUAGGGAUAUAUCCAUUCAGUUCCCUCUGUGACUAUAUGAUUGAGAUGUUUAUCCAUGGAUGGAGAUUGGACUUGUAAAUGCCUAACUUCAAAUUGGAUGGAUCUAAAAAGGCAUCGAGUCAAGUGUAUAUUAACUAGAGUGGGUUUGAAGUUACGCAUUGCUAAUUAUGAUGCUCCUUUCAUGGCUUUGAAUUGGUUAAUCGUUUUGAAUAUCGCAUUGCAAUUUCAAUCUUAUGUUCAACAACAAAUUAAAAUAGAGGACCGAAAUUUUAAUUUUAAGUCGAAGACAUUUGCAUCUA